GACCGUCCCUGUUCCCCGCAGGGGAGCCGUCGUUCUCGGUGCUGGCGGGGGACACGGCCUGGCUCCCCUGCAAUGGCUCCAUGCCGGACGCCUGGGUCCAAGGCUCCCUGGCCUGGAAGCGGCUGGGCCCGGGGGGCUCAUGGAAGCAGCUGGUGGAGCUGGCGGCUCGGCGCCACGGGGCCUACAUGUUCCAGCUCGCCCUGGGCACCGGGGCAGCCCUGGUGCUGCCGGCAGUGACGCUCGACCAGACCGGGACCUACCGCUGUGUCCGGGGCAACCACAGCCACGCCGUGGAGCUGGAGGUCACGGCCCGCACAGGAGGGUGGCAGCCCUGGAUCGUGGGGGCUGCGGCACUUGGAUACGUUGCUAUUGGCCUGGCCUCCCUGUUUGGAUACUACCAGAUCCGCCGAGCCCUGCAGACCAGGAGGAGGAGGAAACGCCUGAUGGAUCCGGCCAGGAGGUUUUUCAAGGUGACUGGGAACGGGGCUCACACCCCUUACGGGAAUGUCCUGCCCCUUGCAGACACCACUGGUGUAAGGCAGACGGAUGCAGUGCCCUAUGAGAACGUGGCACCGGGUGCAAGAGGGCAGGGGCGGCCACUGCCUGCAGAGGGGCCCAUCAGUACUGUCGAGUCAGAGGAUGAGGAGGAGUACGAGCACCCGGACAGUGAGGAAGAACCAGCACCCGAGGAUGGCGAUGGCUAUGAAAACACCAAUGGGGACAUGAAACUGUGCAUGGGGGACAAAGGGUCCAGCGACGGCGCCUGCUACGAGAACAGUCUGGAGGAGAACAGAGCAGGAGGCAACUGGACUUCAGACGCUGCCCACUACACAAAUGCUCGCCAGAGCCCCGGGGCCGAAGACCAGGUCUCUGAAGACAGCGAGUGUUACGAGAACACGGAGGAGGACAGCGCCCCGCUGAGCCCUGGAGCUGCGCGGCUCGUAACAGACCUGCGGAUGCUGCUACUGGGUGCGUGUGAGGAGCCGGAGCGGGAUCGGCAGGACGGACACAGCGAGGGCUCUGCUGUGCCCUGA